AACCCGGGUUCUAAAUCGUGUGACCCUCCAUCAUCGUGGUCCUUCUGACAUCUUCAGCUCCAACAAUUCUUAAACAAAACAACGUUUUACACUUCUUCGAUCUUCGUUUAACUUUAGAUCAAACAUCAAAUAUUCAUUAUUAGAGAUUACCGCGCUUCAAAAGAUUUCAGGCUGGCGAGCCGCAGCAAGCUACAUAGAUAUUCCAAGUGUUGAUCCUUUCCCCAUCGGCUUACAACUAUUGAAGUUCCUCAUCUACCCCGCUACAGCUGCAAGAGUGACGCACUCCAGCGGUGAAUCUUUCACCACCUUCAAUUGAUAGGCUCAACCUUCCGUCUAUCUUUCAGUCGGCCCUCCUUGAGCACAGAAAGAAUAGUCAAGCUCAAGACUUGAGGAGAUGUCGUACAGAACUAGUCGGAGUGAUUUGGGGGACAGGGACUAUACUCCAGGCCCCGCACGGAGAGCGCCGGCUCGGGAAGUCGACGACUUUGAGCUCUAUGAGCGACGAGAACGUCGCAGCCCACCCCGUCGGGCACCUGUGAGAGAAUUUGAAGAUAUAGACAUACAAGUCAGGGACCGGGAACGAGACCGAGUAGACCGGACUCCCGCUUUUCUAAAGGAAGAUGCAAGAAGAACGGAAGCCGGACCUUUAGUACUACGCCAGCGUGAUGUUGAAACUGUCGACCGCCGACGUCGCAGUCCCAGCCCUGUUAGAUACCGAGAACGCUAUGUCGAGCGAGACCGCGCCCCAUCCAUGCCUCCGGAGCGUCGACCCAGAUAUAUUGAACGAUCUCCUUCGCCAUCCCCAGCAGCCGUACGAGUGGAGACUCGACAAAUCGAAAGACGACGGGAACGAUCACCCACUCCCGAUAGAGAUAUUGAUCUCAUUCGUCUACGGAUUGAACGCGAAAGAGAAAAGGAGAGGGUUCCGUCUCCUAGUCCAUCACCUCCGCCUCCUCCGCCCGCUCCACCAGUCAUCCAAGGCCCGACGAUCGAACGUCAAGUGAUCACGCAUUAUCGUGACAUCGACCAUGGUGUUGUUCGCGCGAAACCACCAACCCCACCGCCUCCCCCACGCACUGCCCCUCCUCAAACCAGAGAACGAGAUCUGGACAUCGACAUCGACAUCCGCCGAAAUGAAACAGACGUAGACAUCCGCGAACGCACCCGCUCCCGAUCCCGCCCACGCGAGCGUCCUCGUCCGCGUCCUCAAUCAUACUAUGAAGAAGACGACCUGCUAAUCGAGCGGGACCACGACAUCGUCCGCGUAUCCGACGGCAACCGCCGACGUGCACACUCCGCAGCCCCGCCUCCCAAGAUUGACUACGACGAGGAAGCCGAGUACAUCACUGAUAAGAUCGAUGCACGAGGCCGUAUGGGCGAGGCCUGGCACGGCGCUACUAAAGACUGGGCCAUCGUCGACGUGCCGCCCGGCACCGAGCGUGUCAGGAUGGACGGCGUGGGCGGCGCCAGCGCCGAAGUCAACUGGUCGCGGUACAGCGGCGUACGACGCUCGAAAUUUAUCCCUGAGCGUGAAGGCACGCCCGUCAGCGAGCCUGUUCGCGAACCUGUUCGUGAACCCGACCCCCCGCGUGAGCGGGAACGGGAUCGUCUUAGUAUCCAAGUCUUCGACAAGCGUGAGAGGUCGCGAGACCGUGAAGUCGAAGUCGAUGAGAUCCAAGACCGCCGCAUCACGAUUCGUAACGACGAUCGUGCGCCGCGCAGGCGUAAUGAUAUGUGGACUGAGAUCACCAAGGAUCUCGUCGUCCGCGAGGCUAUUGAGAAGAUGGGGUAUGAGUAUGAGGAGACAGAGUGGUUCUUCUAUGUUAUGCAGUACCUACGUUAUGUAAGUCUCAGUCCUGUUUGCUAGUGUAUGUAGGUGUCGUGGUACGAUACCUACGACGUCGCAGCACGUCGCACUGUUUUCCUGUUUGCUGCCUUUUAUUUUUAUUUUCCGAAGGUAGUGUGCUAACGAGAUGUGUUACAGGAGGAUGUUCUUGAGCUCGUCAACCAGUCGGAUGACAUCCGUCGCGCACGUAGACGUCGUGCCCAGGAGGCUGAGUGGGAGCGUGAUUGGGACCGAAGACAUCGCCAUCGCCGCUCUGCCGGAUGGGAUAAGAUUGACGAUGAACGUGUUGUUGAGCGCGAGGUUGUCUACGACCGCCCAACUUACCGCGGAUACCGUUAAACUUGACCACAGAAGAUGCGGGAGACCUUUGAGCUAUGGUGGCGGUGAGUAGCAGCGAUGAACUAUGAAGAGUCCGCUUGUGGGGAUGAUGCCACUAUACGCCACUCAACUCAAACAAACGGAGACAAAGCGAAGCAGAUAACCGAGACCCCCUCGACCACCACCUACUUGGUCGAUCUAUGUAUCUGACAACACACCGAAGCUAUUCUCGAAGUGGUUAUUUUAAGGAGGAUGGAAUAUAUCAGAUUUAUUUCUUUUUU